AUGGAUACCUGGGUAUACACUUUCCCAACAUCCGGAAGAGAUCCGACAAGCAUUAUUCAUGAGAAAAACCCGUCUGUCUCUAUUGAGAAAAAAGUGAAAAUGGAAGAUUUUGAAGACUACGAUGUCAUGGAUCCGAUUUACAGAAUGGGGUGGGGUGGCAUCUUAGAGUUCGAAUCAGAUAUCUGCUACACGCAACCCGUAAUAGAUUGGAUAUCAACCCUUCAACGCCAUGGUGAUGGAGCAUCCUUAGCCUUAACCGGUAUAGUUAGUGGAAAACAAUACACACUUACCCACGACAAAAUCAGGCAAAUGUUCGGUGUUGACACGGGUAUUAGAGGAGAACCGGGUCGGGCUUACGAAUAUCCAGAUGAGAGUUAUCUGGAGCCCUCGAAUCUUGAAACCCAAGAUUGGAUUGAUCGAUUGCAGGAGUUGUUCUUUCUUCCUCCUGACACAUUCAAAUACACGUCAUCGGGGAAAGCGGAUCUAAAGCCACAAGCGAAGGUUUUGUGGGGAGUAGGUGUUUGGAAUAUUUUUCCUAGAGAGGCCGGGUAUGAAAGUAAAUUUCGGGUUCGUGAUAUUUCAAUUUUAUAUGGGCUUAUUUCAGGGAGAGUGGCUAUAUCGUAUGCGCACUUGGUGAUGUUGAAUUUAUGGGCUACUUAUGAGAGCGCAUAUAGGUCUAGUAUCCCUCAUGGAUACCUCUUGUCUACAUUUUUACACAAUGAGGGUGCUAUUGAUAUGGAUAUGGAAGCCCAUAGGAUAAAUAUAGAACUUCGGACCUUAACACAGCAGGAUAUCCCUAAUCUCGUGUUUUCACUGGAACCCCCGUUCCAUAUCAAAGAUUGGCAAAACCGAACAUUUGUCGCAGAUUUUGAACCGGAAGAGAGACAGAUAGUUGAGAGAGAAAAAGCCGAGAGAGUUAGAAGAAGAGAUGGAGUGCAAGAACAAGAACAAGAAAUUCUAAACCUCAAAAAGUCAGACCACUUGGUUGAAAAUGCACAACUUGUGUUCGAGGCUACAAGGUGA